AUGUCCGGCAAGAUGAACCUCCCAGCCGUGGAUGUCAACACCGAGGAGAAGCAGUACCUGGAUGAGGUGGCAGCUGUCAAGCAGUGGUGGAACGACUCGAGAUGGAGAUACACCAAAAGAGCCUUCACAGCCGAGCAGAUCGUGGCCAAGCGAGGAAACUUGAAGAUCGAGUAUCCCAGCAACGCCCAAUCGAAGAAGUUAUGGAAUAUCCUCGAAGGGAGAUUCAAGACCCAAGACGCAAGCUUCACAUACGGAUGUCUGGAGCCGACCAUGUUGACCCAGAUGGCAAAAUAUCUCGACACCGUCUACGUCUCCGGCUGGCAAUCAUCCUCCACCGCCCCAGCGUCGGACGAGCCAGGUCCAGAUCUGGCAGAUUACCCAUAUACCACCGUCCCAAACAAAGUCUCCCAUCUCUUCAUGGCCCAGCUAUUCCACGACCGCAAGCAGCGGGAGGAGCGCGUAACCACCAAGUCGAAAGCCGAGCGCGCUAAGCUGGCCAACAUUGACUACCUGCGCCCCAUCAUCGCAGAUGCAGACACCGGACACGGAGGGUUGACCGCUGUCAUGAAGCUCACCAAGCUCUUCAUCGAGAAGGGAGCGGCUGGUAUCCACAUUGAGGACCAGGCUCCUGGAACGAAGAAGUGCGGACAUAUGGCUGGAAAGGUCUUGGUGCCGAUUAGCGAGCACAUCAACCGUCUGGUCGCUAUUCGAGCACAGGCUGAUAUCAUGGGAACCGACCUCCUGGCCAUCGCCCGUACAGACGCCGAGGCCGCAACCCUCAUCACCACCACCAUCGACCCCCGUGACCACGCCUACAUCCUAGGUUCCACGAACCCCAAUCUCCAGCCGCUCAACGACCUCAUGAUCGCUGCCGAGCGCGCCGGCAAGAAUGGUGCCGAGCUGCAGGCCAUCGAAGACGCCUGGACCGCUCAAGCCGGCCUGAAGCUCUUCAACGACGCCGUCGUCGAUACCAUCUCGGCCGGCGUGCACGUCAAUAAGAAGGAGCUCUCGGCGCAGUUCCUGUCGGCCGUCAAGGGCAAGUCCAAUACCGAGGCGCGGGCCAUCGCCAAAGGCAUCAUCGGUGUCGACGUCCCGUGGAACUGGGACGCGCCCCGAACGCGUGAGGGCUACUACCGGCUCCAGGGCGGCUGCGAGUGCGCCAUCAACCGCGCGUUGGCGUACGCGCCUUACUGCGACGCCAUCUGGAUGGAGAGCAAACUGCCGGACUACGCCCAGGCGGCGCAGUUCGCCAAGGGCGUGCAUGCCGUUUUCCCGGAGCAGAAGCUCGCGUACAACCUCUCGCCGUCUUUCAACUGGAAGACGGCUAUGCCGCGCGCCGAGCAGGAGACGUACAUCCAGCGCCUGUCCAAGCUGGGCUACUGCUGGCAGUUCAUCACGCUGGCCGGCCUGCACACCACGGCCCUGAUCUCGGACCAGUUCGCCAAGGCGUACAGCAAGCAGGGCAUGCGCGCGUACGGCGAGCUAGUGCAGGAGCCCGAGAUGGACGGCGGCGUGGAUGUCGUGAAGCAUCAGAAGUGGUCCGGGGCCAACUAUGUCGAUGAGUUGCUGAAGAUGGUGCAGGGAGGUGUGAGCAGCACGAGUGCAAUGGGCAAGGGCGUGACGGAGGACCAGUUCCAUUAG